AUGGACGUGACAGAUCGUCUUAAGAUUCCCGAAAGUUAUAUCCUACAUUCUACCGAGAGCGCGAGCGCGAGCGCGAGCUGCUUCAAAGAGGCCUACGGCAUGCAAUUGAACAGCUACCAAUUUCCCGACAAUUCAAAAAUCGAAACAUAUUCUCAAUCACAACAGCAAUUGAUUGUAAAUCAAAAUCCGGCACCCCUUCCAGCGAACCAUGUUGUGGGUUCUACAGGACAGUCUUUCGUUGCGCUUUCACCAAAUUCGAUGACAAUUCAGACAAACGGUGCAGCAAAUCUUGUUGCUGCUCAAAUUGAGCUUCCUAUUGAUCCGGCGAUACUCCAACAGAACAAUGUGUCCCCGGACAACACUUUUGUAGCGAUGCUUUCUCCAGGACGGCAGACGUGGGUGGUGAUGGAGGGUAUGAAGAGUGUGAAUACCACUGACAACACCGUUCGCAUAGUCAAGAUGACGAAUAUCGAUGGCGAAUACAUGGCAGUUGGCCGACAAUCGACGGAGACGAGCCAAGUGCUGACACAGUUCGGAUCGCAAUCCGUCAACAUCACUGGAUCUGGAAUUCAGGAGGCCGAAUUUGCAGACGGAUUGCGCAUGUCAAUGAAGGUUACUCAGCCGAUGACUCUCAACACGGACGUUGUCAAUGGUAUCAGCUCAUCUAUGAUCACUGUUCAAGGAAUGAUGCCAGUCAACAACUACAGGUACUUGGUUACUACAAACCUGGCAGCAGUCUCGCCUAGCCUCAACUCGAUGGUUUCAGUUAUUCAACUCCCAUUGAACAUGCAGCGUGUCAUGGCAAUGGCUCAACAAAUGGGCGUUGGUCCCAACGAUGCGGUUGUUAUUGGUGUCGCGCAAAGAACUGUGCUCCAAAACCCCGGAGGGGCCACUGGCAAUCUCUCACCUCAGCGCAGACGCCGCGUACGGAGAGCAGCUUCGUCUGGGAAGGAGGAAAGUCAAGACGCCGAAGCUCCUACUAUUGUAGUUGCAGACUCGACCGAGACUGCGGCCAAUAGCCCCGAAUCUAUGAAUGGCACUUCAGACUCGUAUCAAAUGGUGCCAACUGAUGGCGGAAGCCCAGCAUCGGCUGAUGGUACCACUCCUAUGGACGGCGCGUCAAACACAGGUACGAAUGAUACCGGCUCAUCUCCAUCUGCAACAUCGAGCCCGAGUACAGGUUCUUCGACCAACGGGGGAACCAACGGAGGGAGCAACGGAGGGAGCAACAACGGGGGAACCAACGGAGGGACCAACACAAGCCCACAGAGCCCUGCUGCUGCUCAAUUACUCCUGUCACCAACAUUCACGCCCAUCACUUCACCCACUACUCUGGAUCCUCUCAAUGGCCGUGUCAUGACGGUUGUCAACCAGAUCGACGGAGAGUUCAUCCUGACCAUGCAACUUUCAGCUGGUCAGGCAGCAUCAGAGGCUGGAGGAGCCGCAAGUGCCGGACGCAACGAAACAUCUUCUACUGGGGCCAUGAACAGAGCUUCAAGUGCCCAGCCCGCAGGCCAAGCAGGCGUCACCGUCUCCAUGGCUACCUUGGCGGUCAUGUUGGAACAGCAGACGAUGGGCGGCGCUCUCGCAGCCAGCGCCAUGAUGGAAAAAUACAUACAGUCGCAAGGGAAGUCGCCAAUAAUCUGA